CACAAACUGAACUACUUCACUUCUCUCUCCUCUCCCUCAUCUGUUGUUAGUUUCUCACUCCUAAAAAUCCUAAAGCAGUGAGCUUCUUUACUCAUCAAUGGCGGCCUGUGACAUCUCUACCAAUCCCACCGCUCCCAUCAAUAUCUCAAGAUUCCAAUUCCACUCCUAACCUUCCCUCCCCAAUGCCCCACCACCACUUCUGAUCCAAACGCCGCCGCCGCGCCGCCGCCCCUCUCUCUCUCUCUCUCUCUCAAUAUACAAAUACAUACACAUAUACAUAUAUCUACUCUCUCUUUGUGUGAAUAUGGGAAAGGAGAGAGAACGAAAAGCCCUGCGGCUGCUGUCUUUCAUUCUCUCACUCACAACCCUCGCCGGCGCCGUCGACGUCGCCGGCGCCGGAGAAGGCAUCCAGCUAAACGACGACGUUUUGGGACUCAUCGUCUUCAAAUCAGGGCUUCUAGACCCUUCCAAAUCCCUAGAUUCCUGGACCGAGGACGACGACUCCCCCUGCGCCUGGGACUUCGUUCGUUGCACCGCCCGGAGCCGCCGCGUAUCGGAGCUCCACCUCGACGGCCUCAAUAUCGCCGGAAAAAUCGGCCGGGGCCUGGAAAAGCUACAAUCGCUUAAAAUCCUCUCCGUCUCCGGCAACAAUCUCACCGGCCGGAUUAACCCCGAGUUACCACUCAUCCCCGGCCUCCAAACCCUGAAUCUCAGCCGGAAUUCCCUCUCCGGCGACGUCUCCAACCUCUCCUCCUCCCUCCAGAUCCUCGACCUCUCCGGCAAUUCCCUGUCGGGGCUCCUCGCCGGAGACGUGUUCGACGGCGGCUGUUCGCUCCGGUACAUCUCUUUAUCGGGGAAUCAAUUCCAGGGCCCGAUUCCAGGCAGCCUGUCGGAAUGUAUGGUCCUGAAUCAUCUCAAUUUAUCGGGAAAUCGCUUCUCCGGCGGCCUCGAUUUCGCCGGAAUCUGGAAUCUGACGAGGCUCCGGGUACUGGAUCUCUCCGGCAAUGCGCUGUCUGGGCCAAUCCCCGCCGGCGUCGCUCGUCUGCACAAUUUAAAAGAGCUUAUCCUCGGUGGAAAUCAGUUCUCCGGCGCCGUUCCCGGCGACAUCGGAUUGUGCCCUCACUUGACACGUGUCGAUCUCAGCAACAAUCUCCUCACCGGAGAAAUUCCCGAGUCGCUGCAACGGCUGGACUCGCUCGUUUUUCUGAGUUUAUCCCACAACUUCCUCGCCGGAGACUUUCCCCGAUGGAUCGGAAAGAUGACCGCUCUGCAAUUCAUUGAUUUUUCCGGCAAUGAUUUGACGGGGUCACUUCCGGCAACCAUCGGAGACCUGAAAUCCGUGAGGUAUAUCAGCUUAUCCGACAACAGACUAAGCGACGCCAUACCGGAAUCCAUGGCAGACAUCGCAGGAUUAUCGGUGAUUCGACUGAAAGGAAACCUCUUCACUGGCAGCAUACCGGAGGCCCUUUUCGACAUGAACCUCGAUGAAGUCGACCUGUCUAGAAAUAAUCUGACCGGACCGAUCCCCCCUGCCUCCGACAAGCUUUUCGAGUCACUCCAGCUAUUGGACCUCUCUGGCAACAAUCUCAUCGGAGAUAUCCCGGCGGAGAUGGGCCUUUUCGGCAAGCUAAAGUAUCUGAACCUGUCGUGGAACGAAUUGGAAUCGAGAAUCCCGCCGGAGCUCGGCUACAUCCAGAAUCUCACCGUUUUGGAUCUCCGGAGCAGCGGCUUGAUCGGAAUGAUCCCGCCGGAUAUUUGUGAUUCCGGCAGCCUGGCGAUCCUUCAGCUCGACGGAAACUCCCUGACAGGGCCGAUUCCGGCGGAGAUCGGCAACUGCUCGUCGCUCUACUUGCUGAGCUUAUCCCACAACAAUCUCACCGGCGGCAUACCAGAAUCCAUGUCGACGUUACGGAAGCUUAAGGUUCUUAAGUUCGAGGAAAACCAAUUGAGUGGCGAGAUCCCUCGAGACCUCGGAAGGCUCGAGAAUCUCGUCAUCGCCAACAUCUCCCACAACCGCUUAGUCGGCCAGUUGCCGGCCGGAGGCAUUUUUCCGACGCUCGACGCCACCGCCAUAGACGGGAACCUCGGCCUAUGCUCGCCGCUGUUAAAAGGACCGUGUACGCUCAACGUCCCGAAGCCAUUGGUUCUCGACCCGUACGAGUACGCCGACCAAAUACGCCGCCGCCCGGAUGGCUAUAGCCCGUCGCAUCGUAGCUUCCUCAGCGUCUCGGCAAUCAUUGCCAUCUCGGCGGCGGCGCUGAUCGCCGUCGGCGUCGUCGUGAUCACUUUGCUCAAUGCGUCGGCGAGACGGCGGAUGGCGUUUGUCGAAACCGCACUCGAGAGUAUGUGCAGUAGCUCGACGCGGUCGGGUAGUAUCGUCGCGGGGAAGCUGAUUCUACUCGACCCGAAGGCGACAUCGCCGUCGCUGCCGUCCCCCGAGUCGAUCCUCGACAAGGCAGCCGUGGUCGGGGAAGGCGUGUUCGGGACUGUGUAUAAAACAGAGCUCGAACAGGGGAACCCGACGACGACGGUGGCGAUAAAAAAGCUUGUUGCGGCGAAUACGCUCCAAUACCAGGAGGAAUUCGACCGCGAAAUCCGGAUACUUGGCAAGGCGCGCCACCCGAAUUUGAUCGGUGUGAUCGGAUACUACUGGACGCCGCGGCUGCAGCUGGUUGUAACUGAUUACGCCAAUUGCGGCAGCCUCGAGUCGAGGCUGCAUGGGCCGGAGAAUGCGCUAACGUGGCCGGAGCGGUUCGCCGUCCUUAUCGGGACGGCGAAGGGGCUGGCCUAUUUGCACCACAGUUUCCGGCCGCCGAUCGUACACUACGACAUAAAGCCGAGCAAUGUGCUACUUGCCGGCGAAUUUUCCGGCGGCGGCGUGGUUCCGAAAAUUUCGGAUUUCGGAUUGGCGCGCGUUCUGGCGAAGCUAGACAAGCACGUGGCGAACAAUAGGUUUCGGAGUGCGCCGGGAUACGUGGCGCCGGAGAUGGCGUGCCGGAGCUUGAGGGUGAACGAGAAAUGCGAUGUGUACGGAUACGGAGUGCUGGUGUUGGAGGCGGUGACGGGGCGGCGGCCGGUGGAGUACGGCGAGGACAAUGUGGUGGUGCUGAGUGAGCAUGUUAGGGUUUUGCUGGAGGAGGGGAAUGUGCUGGAGUGCGUGGACGGGAGGAUGGGGCCGUACCCGGCGGAGGAGGUGCUGCCGGUGCUGAAGCUGGCGCUGGUGUGCACGUCGCAGAUUCCGUCGAGCCGGCCGUCGAUGGCGGAGGUGGUGCAGAUACUGGAGGUGAUCAAGGCGCCGGUGCCGAAUAGGACGAUGGAGGAGGCUAUCUGAGAGGUUGCUUCCAUGGCGGUCGGCGUCGCCAUUAAUGGAUGAAUUGAAUUGAAUUAGGGUUGAGUAUUGUUGGUUUAUUUGGUGAUUUGGGGAUUGGGUGCUUUUAGCCGUCUGAAUUUCGGGUUUAUUAUGGGUUGGGUAUGUUAAUUUUGUUUUGUUGUUAUUGCAAAUAUUAAUCAAGUACCAAAUUUUUAAGA